AUGGCCCAGGCUCAACAAAGAGAUAUCGUCAUCAUCGGAGGUGGAAUAAUCGGUUGUACAACUGCCUAUUAUCUGUCCAGGAACCCCCUGUACAGCUCAGAAAGCACAAGGAUAACGGUGCUCGAAGCGUCCGCCAACGGAGUCGCUCAGGGCGCGUCUGGGAAAGCAGGGGGACUCGUCGCUAAAUGGGCAUAUCCCGCCGAACUUGUCGACAUAUCAUUUCCUGAGCACGUCAGACUAGCAAAGGAACACAAUGGAAUCGACAAGUGGGGUUUUCGCUUCGUAGAAUGCGGAACAUGGGAGGGAGUGGGUGAGGACUUGAAACGCGACCCUGGUUCCGGAGUGGGAAAGGGCGGGAAACGCAAGAGUUUGGAAAAGACUCUUGGAGUGGAAUUGGAUACAGAUACGGAAAGGAUCAACAAGAGACACCCGGAGGGCUUGAAUUGGAUUAAGCAAGAGCUCACGACAUCAUACGCCCUAAUGGACCCCACAACAGGCCUCGAGGGAACCGCUCAGGUUCACCCUUACCUCUUCACCACGAACAUGAUGGAGUUGGCGGCUGAAAAUGGCGUCAAGCUUCGGAGAGGAAGCGCAACUUUGCAUAGCGGUCGAUUCCAGCUAACUCAUGUCAUCCUGGCCGCCGGUGCAUGGUCCCCAACUUUAUUGUCAUCCUUGCCGAUAUCUGCAACCCGCGCUCACAGUGUUACCUUCCGCCCGAAACCUGGCGUAGACAUUGCACCAUACGUGCUCUUCACCGAUAUCAAAUUACCGCGAGGCCAUCACGCUUCCCCAGAGAUCUAUGCUCGCCCUGACAACGAAGUGUAUGCUUGCGGCCCAGGCGACGACUCAACACUUCCUGGUAAUGUGGAUGAUGUUGAGGUCGACCAGACAGCGUGCGAAAGUAUCAGGGAGCAAGUCGUGAGUAUUGCGCCAAAGCUGAGGGAAGGCACAGUCGAGAAGCGCCAGGCAUGCUUUCUUCCCACCGUAAGCCACAGGGGGGGUGGGGGUCCCAUCAUAGGCGAAGCAAAGACAGUGGCGAAGGGCCUCUACAUUGCCACUGGACAUACCUGCUGGGGUAUCUGUAAUGCGCCUGGAACUGCCAAGGUUAUGGCCGAACUAGUCCUGGACGGUAAAGCAUCGCCACGGAAACUCAAGAGGCUGGACCCAUCCUAUUUUUUGUAGCAA